GCCAGACUGCGGCCCGCCAGUCUUGUGUCCUGGUCGCGAACGGUCGCACGUCUGCGCAACAAUUCCGUACAACUUCGCGCGAACGAAACAAAACUCUUCUUUAGCGAACCUACGGUCGAAACGAACGAAGAAGUUUUUUUCACAACAGGAAAAAGUGCGAAAAUUUUCGCUCCAACUUUUCUUACUGCAAUUUCAAAUAAAAGAUAUGAGUUUCUCUUGUUUGCAGUGGAUUUGGUGGUGAGUUUGUAAAAGUUGCGACAGUUGAGAAAAAAGUGAAGGUUCGUGCGUGAAAUGUCGCCGAAUACGAUUUGAAUAUAAUUUGCCUAACAAAGGUGUUCGUGACGGCGACGAUGUCGUCCUUUUGGCUUUUGCUUCUCGUGACAAAUUCUUACGCCGCUGCGGUGAGCGACAACUUUCUCAAGAUGCUCUCGGGGAUGCAACCCCCGCUGGACCCGUGCUACGACGACGAUCGCCCGAGAAGGUGCAUUCCCGAUUUCGUAAAUGCGGCAUUCGGUAUUCCGGUUACAGCGUCGUCCACUUGCGGUCUCAAGGGACCCUGGCAGUAUUGCGAAGCUCCCGAGCCAAACGCUCAGAUCCAAUGUAACAUCUGCGACGAUCACAAUCCAAAGAAAAGAUUCCCAGCAAGUUACCUGACAGACCUGAACAAUCCCAAUAACGUUACCUGCUGGAGAUCGGAACCUCUGCAACCCCCUACGAGUGCUCACGCACCACCGGACAAUGUGACCCUUACCCUGAGCUUGGGGAAGAAGUACGAAUUAACAUACGUGAGUUUACAGUUCUGCCCGAAUACCCCGAAACCUGAUUCUAUAGCGAUCUAUAAGAGUAACGAUUACGGAAAGACAUGGCAGCCGUUCCAAUUCUACUCCAGCCAGUGUAGAAGAGUUUACGGAAGACCCAAUCGUGCAACUAUAACCAGAGCAAACGAACAGGAGGCCAGAUGUACCGACGCCCAUAGAUACACCGGAGGAGACGGUUUGAGUUUAGGUCAUAUGUCAAGAAUCGCAUUCAGCACUUUAGAAGGACGUCCAAGUGCUUCUGACUUCGACAAUUCGCCAGUUCUCCAGGACUGGAUCACGGCUACCGAUAUCAAAGUAGUUUUUAAUCGUCUUCACAUGCCAGCUGAAGAUCCUUCCGACAGUCUGGACGUCCUUAUCGAUCAAGGCUACAAGCGGAUCGACGAGGAGGAAGAGGACAAGGAUUAUAAGCAUUUUGAAGAAGAAGACGAGGAUAAUCAGACUAAAGGUCCUUCCGUACAGCUUUUGAACGAGAUGCAAGUGAUCGAUUCGGAGGAACCCAAACCUCCACCUACCGCAGUGGAUUUGACAAGCAACGGGGUUGUCGUGAAUAAUUUUAAUCACAGGGUGACGCAUCAAUACGCCGUGAGCGAUUUUUCGGUCGGGGGUCGAUGCAAGUGCAAUGGACAUGCAAGCCGUUGCAUCACAGGUCGCGAUGGUUUGCUGACCUGCGACUGCAAGCAUAACACCGCCGGUAGGGAGUGCGAGAGAUGCAAACCUUUCCAUUUCGACAGGCCUUGGGGUAGAGCCACCACGAAAGAUGCCAACGAAUGCAAAGCUUGCGAAUGUAAUCAACACGCUAGAAGAUGUCGCUUCAAUAUGGAACUUUACAAACUGUCCGGAAGAGUUUCCGGCGGUGUUUGCUUGAAGUGCCGACAUUUCACCGCGGGUCGUCAUUGUCAUUACUGCCGCGAGGGCUACUAUCGCGAUCCCACCAAACAAAUUACACACAGACGAGCAUGCAAACCAUGCGACUGUCAUCCCAUAGGAGCAUCGGGCAAGACUUGUAACCAGGUAACAGGACAGUGUCCCUGCAAGGAUGGCGUGAUCGGCAUCACUUGCAACCGAUGCGACCGUGGAUACCAACAGAGCAGAUCGCAUAUUGCACCGUGCAUUAAGAUUCCACCGGUUGUUCAAAUGAUGGCGACGGAAGAGCACAACGACGGAUAUGCCCGGAACGAAGCGGAAACGAAUUCUGCGGGAGAUAAUUGUGGAAAAUGCAAGACGGCAACACGUAGACUGAAUCUGAAUAAAUACUGCAAAAGGGAUUUUGCAAUUAUGGUUCGAGUUCUUUCACACGUGGAUGAUCCGGUGGACGAACAUACCAAAGGAUGGGUCCGCUAUAUGAUCACCGUUGAAUCGAUUUUCAAAAAGGCCCGGGAUUCAAGAAUAAGGAAAGGGACAACAUCGCUACUUAUACCCUCUGCUGAUUUGGCUUGCAAGUGUCCGAAAAUCAAAGUGUCAAAGUAA